UAGGCGAUUGGCUUCAGCACCGCUUCAGUGCUCACUGUAAUCAGGGCCGGGGACAUGGAUUAACAUCAUCUGUAUAUAUAUAUUUUACCUUUCUUUUUAAAACAAAUAGGAACACUACAUCUGGCUUUUAGAACCGGUUUAUUUUAUUUAUCCUGCAAAUUUAUUUAUUAUUCAGAGGCCAUACUGACAGUCUUACAGCCUGCAUGCUGGGAUUGCAUUAUCUCAGUUAACUCAGCUCUCAGCAGUCUAAUUCCCUGACCCUUACUGAAACAGACUCUCCUGCUGUAGCUACACAUCCGAGUGACAGAAUGCUGACCAGACUUUUUCGUAUCCACGGCAUGUUCGUGGCCUCCCACCCCUGGGAGGUGAUUGUGGCUACAGUGACCCUCACCAUCUGCAUGAUGUCCAUGAACAUGUUCACCGGAAACAACCAGAUCUGUGGCUGGAACUUUGACUGCCCUAAAUUUGAGGAGCAAGUGCUCAGCAGUGACAUCAUCAUUCUCACCAUCACAAGAUGCAUAGCCAUCGUCUACAUCUACUUCCAGUUCCAAAAUCUUCGGCAGCUGGGAUCAAAAUAUAUACUGGGUAUUGCUGGUCUUUUCACAAUCUUCUCCAGUUUUGUCUUCAGCACAGUGGUGAUUCAUUUCUUGGAUAAGGAGCUCACUGGCUUAAAUGAAGCACUACCGUUCUUCCUGCUGCUGAUUGAUCUGUCCAAAGCAUGUGCUCUGGCCAAAUUUGCACUCAGUUCAAACUCACAGGAUGAGGUUAGGGAAAAUAUUGCGAAAGGAAUGGCUGUGCUUGGUCCUACCUUCACCCUGGAUGCCCUGGUGGAGUGCUUAGUAAUCGGUGUGGGUACCAUGUCAGGUGUUCGCCAGCUUGAGAUCAUGUGCUGCUUUGGAUGCAUGUCUGUCCUGGCCAACUACUUUGUCUUCAUGACGUUCUUCCCGGCCUGUGUUUCACUGGUGCUCGAGUUGUCCAGGGAGAGCAGAGAGGGACAUCCUAUCUGGCAGCUGAGCCACUUCGCCCGUGUCCUGGAGGAAGAGGAGGACAACAAGCCCAACCCAGUGUCCCAGAGAGUCAAAAUGAUCAUGUCUCUUGGCCUGGUAAUGGUUCAUGCCCACAGUCGAUGGAUUGCUGAUCCUGCCUCUCUCAAUGGAACCCUCGAUGUUCCUCCAGUAGGAAUAAGUCUGAAUGACCACGCCCCAAAACGGAUUGAUCCAGAUAUGCCACUGUGGCAGUUCUAUCUGUCCAGGAUGAUCAGCAUGGACGUGGAGCAGGUCAUCACAUUGGGCCUGGCCCUCUUUCUGGCCGUGAAGUACAUCUUCUUUGAGCAGGUGGAGAUGGAGUCCACGCUGUCUCUUAAAGUCCCCAACCCCAGCUCCAUGCUCACCCAGAGGUGGUCUCCUGAUCAGUGCUGCAGGAAGGAGAUCGCAGCCCUCCCCAACAAAGCCGAGAAGACCCCAACUGUCCCUCCGGUCAUCACUAAAGAGGAGAGAGAUUUAGUGAUUAAGCCCCUGCCUGUCAUGACUGACAUGCCUGACCCAGCUCCCAAAAGCACGUUUGUGGUGGGAGAUGAGGAAAGCCUGGAUAGUCCGAUUGUGGAGGAGCUUCAGCCCACAAUCCCCCAAGAGCCCAGGACAGUGGAUGAGUGUCUGACCAUUCUCAGAAAUCCUGAGAUGGGUGCUCGAUACCUGAGUGAUGCUGAGGUUAUUAUAUUAGUGAAUGCAAAGCACAUCCCUGGGUACAAGCUGGAGGCCAUGAUGGAGAACCCAGAGAGAGGCGUGAUGAUCCGUAGGAAGAUGCUCAGCCCAAAACUCCCCAAUGAUUCUGCACUCACCUGUCUUCCCUACAAAGACUACGACUACUCACAGGUGAUGGGAACUUGCUGUGAAAACGUCAUUGGCUAUAUGCCAGUGCCAGUGGGCGUUGCAGGGCCGCUGCUGUUGGAUGGAAAGCAGUUCCAGGUGCCCAUGGCAACAACUGAGGGCUGUCUGGUAGCCAGCACCAACCGAGGCUGCAGAGCCAUAGCUCUGGGUGGUGGAGCCAGCAGCAGAGUUUUGGCUGAUGGGAUGACCCGCGGCCCUGUGAUUCGACUGCCCUCUGCCUGCCAGGCUGCGGAAGUCAAGGCCUGGCUGGAGAGUCCUGAGGGAUUUAAGUGCAUCAAGGAGGCCUUUGAUCACACUAGCAGGUUUGCUCGAUUGGAGAAGCUUCUUAUUGGCCUUGCUGCACGCAAUCUCUAUAUCCGCUUCCAGUCCAGAACUGGAGACGCUAUGGGGAUGAACAUGAUCUCAAAGGGCACAGAGCAAGCUCUCGCUCGGUUAAAAGAGGAAUUCCCCGAGCUGCAGGUCCUGGCAGUCAGCGGGAACUACUGUACUGACAAGAAACCAGCUGCUAUUAACUGGAUUGAGGGCAGGGGCAAGUCUGUGGUGUGUGAGGCUACCAUACCUGCCAAGGUGGUCAAAGAGGUGUUGAAGACGAGUACAGAAGCUCUGGUGGAUGUAAACAUCAAUAAGAACCUGGUGGGCUCUGCCAUGGCGGGUAGCAUUGGAGGCUACAAUGCUCACGCUGCAAAUAUAGUCACUGCUAUUUACAUCGCCUGUGGACAGGAUCCUGCUCAAACAGUGGGCAGCUCUAACUGCAUCACCUUGAUGGAGGCAUCGGGUCCCACAGGAGAAGAUCUCUACAUCAGCUGUACCAUGCCCUCCAUAGAGCUGGGAACAGUGGGAGGAGGCACCAACCUGGCGCCCCAACAAGCCUGUCUGCAGAUGUUAGGUGUGCAAGGCGCCAGUGAGGCUCACCCAGGUGAGAAUGCCCGGCAGCUUGCCAGGGUUGUGUGCACCACAGUGCUGGCAGGGGAACUGUCCCUCAUGGCCGCCCUCGCCGCUGGACAUCUGGUCAAAAGUCACAUGACACACAACAGGUCAAAAGCAAACUUGCAGGAAACACCAGGAACAUGCACAAAACAAGCAUCUUGAGACCAAAUCAGCCGCUAGGUGUGGAAUACAAGCGACUUAAUGACACAUAAGCUACACCUUGGAGGAACAUUACGUGAUGUUUACUAAAGAGGACUUACAAAAGAAGAUGAAUUACAGAACUGGUUUCCACUCCAGAAAAAAAAACAAAAACUACAUCUUUCAUCAUCAUUUGUAGAGUGCCAAUCCAGAAUCAUCUCAAAGACAGUGGAAAUGCAACUGUACACUACUGCGCAGUUUACUGUUCUGAUACUUCACUUUAUAUAUAUGAAAUGAUGUAUCUCAGAACAAAAUGCUGUUUCUAAUGCCUUCAGAACGUAUGGGAUGCACACACACACACGCACACUUACACACAUGCACAUUAUAGUAAUUUAUUUUUUCACAUUUCAUUCAAUAUUUAAAACAUGAAACAAUAAAAAGGGGCAUGUUUUUAUUAGUAUAUCCGUUUGAUGGUAUAAAGACUGAACAGGGACUAUAUAGAAUAUAAAAUAUCAGAGGGCUACACAGAGGAGCUGAAAAGCUAUGAUUCUCUAGAACCUACUUUUUUUUGUUCUUUUGAGUAUGAGAGUGUAUGAUAAAAUAUACACUGACCAAGCAUAAUAUUGUGUGUAGAAACAAGGUCAUAAUGUUAUGCUUGAUCAGUGUAUAUAUACUAGCGCAUCUCAAAAAAAUAGAAUAACAUUUAAAAGUCACUUUAUUUCAGUAAUUCAGUUUAAAAUGUAAAACUAAUUUAUUAUAUAGAUGUAUUAUACACAGAGUAAUCUAUUUUAAGCGUUUAUUUCUUUUAUUGUUGAUGAUUAUGGCUUACAGUCAAUGAAAACCCAAAAGUCAAAAUUUGAAUUUUAUAUAAGACCAACUUUUGGCAGUGUGGGCAGUGUGGCCCAGUCCUGCUGGAAAAUGAAAUCCGCGUCUCCAUAAAAGUUGUCAGCAGAGGGAAGCAUGAAGUGCUGUAAGAUUUUUAGUGAAAACACUGCACUGACUUUGGACGUGAUAAAACACAGUGGGGAUGUAGCAGAUGACAUGUCUCUCCAAACCAUCACUGAUUGUAGAAACGUCACACUAGAUCUCAAGCAGUUUGGACUGUGUGUCUCUCCACUCCUCCUCCAGACUCUGCUCGCUUGAUUUACAAAUUAAAUGCAAAAUUUACUGAUGAUCAGUGAUGGUUUAAAGAGAGACAUGUUAUCUGCUGCCCACACUGUUAAAAUAUUAACUGGUCUUAUGUAAUAUUUUCAUUGGCUGUAAGCCAUAAUCAUCAACAAUAUAGAUAUAAUAAUAUAAUAUAAUAUAAUAUAUGAGUUUCACAAUUUGAACUGAAUUACUGAAAUAAAGUAACUGCAUAAUGAUUUUUUUUAGUUGAACUAGUGUAUAUUUUAUAUAUAAAUAUAUAUUUGUAUAAUUGCCAAAUGCAGCCUUCUGCAGUCUUUUCACAAUGAUGUAUCUCUGAAUGUAUGUUUGAUUGAUAGCUAUGAAGCUAUGCAGGUAUGAUUUAAUUGUUAUAUUGAUUAUUGAUCUUUGAUCAUUGAUAGAAUAUGCAAGGUUUCUUGAAAGGAUGACUGCAAAGGUGCAACUAUAUUUCACAAAGGUGCUCUAACAGCCUCAGUGACCUGCGCGUCUGCUGUUGCUGUAUUUACUUCUGAUUGAAUGUGCUUGUUCAUGCACACUGUACAGGUACAGCCGUACACACCACCUUCUGUGUUUCUGCCACACAUCAACACUCAGCACUUACAGUAUCUGUUCUGCUUUGUAUGCACAUGGAACGAAUUGGGAAUUCAGCACCUACCUUUGUUCAUUCUCUUUUCAAAUGCGACAAGGGUAUGAUUACGUUUGUAACACAACAAUAUAAUUAAGUUUUCUAUAUUUUUGUAAUAUAAAUAAAGGGAAAUUUAAAAUUUAA